AUGACACGAGUCCUCCAAAAUACCCUUCCAAGCAUGCUAAAAGCCAUAUUAGGUGAUAGGUUCAAAGGCCCUGAAGAGGAAGAGGAAGCAAGCACCCAGAAAGAGAAGACAAUGAAUAACUCCCAACCCACUGAAAAAAUGGAGUCGUCCGUCCAAGGGAAAGAUGAGCCACCAGUGCAACUGAGGGUGGAAUCCCAAACCAAGGAACGGGGUUGCAGUUACAAGACUUUUAGUAGCACCCGUUCGAAGGAAUUCAGAGGUAUUGAGGGCCCGGUAGCCCUAAUGAACUGGGUGACUAAAAUACAAAGCUGUUUUAAGAUUUGUAAGUGUUCAGAAGAACAAAAAGUGACUUACGCUGCUACUACCUUUGGAGAUUCAGCACUUCAUUGGUGGGAGACUGAAUGCGCCAUUCGAGGGGAUGAAAACAUCGCUACCCUGACCUGGGAGGAAAUAAAGAAGAUGUUGAUGGAUAAAUAUUGUACACAGACAGAGGUGAAGAAGUUAGAGUCAGAGUUUCUGAGGUUGGAGCAAGGAUCUUUGUCGGUUCAAGAGUACGUGAACAAAUUUCUAGAGAAGGCUAGGUUUGCUAGUUAUCAGGUGGCAACUGAGCAAAGAAAGAUAGAUCGAUUUAAAGAUAGCCUAAGGAUAGAGAUAAAGCAGUACGUGGAUAUGGUUAAACCAACCACGUUUGUUCAAGCUGUGGAAAUGGCGACUGUUACGGAGGAAAAUAACAUCAAGGCAACAAGGGAAAGAAGGGAGGUCAAAAGGAAAUGGGAAGCAUCAAGUAAAUUGACAAAGAAAUCCAAGGGGGAGAUGACAGAUACGAAGGCACGAAAUGGAGAGUUCACAAUUCCUCAGUGA